AUGACUACUACCAUUAGAAACAACGUUUCUGAAAUCCUCCGCUGUCUCAGACCCUCAAAUGAAGCUCGCAAUCCGCUGCUCUCGAGGCCAUCAUGGAUCAACUCCCCACAAUCACUGUUUCAAGCAGCCCGAGACAUGUCGCUAUCAGAUCUCUGGAGGACGCGAUUCAUCACCGUCGCCAGCAAUGUGCUGGAGUUUGGCUGGGUCGUCGUCGUCUAUCUCAUGAGCGAGGUCAUCAUAUGGGGUUUGAGUCGGGCGUUGGCUCCUGUGCAUCUCGAGUUCUUCUCCUCUAUUUUUGGCAUGGUUCUGACAUUUUGCUUCAUGGCUGCGGCCUACCUGUGCUUCGCUGCUGAUGUUGAUGGUGUGUAUCGAAGGCACAUCAAAUCCAAGGUCGACUUCAUCAAUGUUCAUCUUGGCUUGGGCUUCCCAAUUCCUCUCGUCAUGCUCAACCAGAGCGACAUUCUCAGCGGCCGCGAUAUCGGCUGCGUCGUCGGCAACUUUGUAAUCACCAACCUUGCUUCCUGGGCUAUGGUCUUUGCCCUCUCGCUUCUCGUUAUGAGCUGUGUGGCGCGAAUGACUGGUCAAGUGCCCGACGACUUUUGCCUUCCGCAACCUAUGACAGGAACUCUUCCCCGGAUCGAAACCAGUUGGCUCUCCGACUCAACUCUGGACCAAGGACAACAGCGUAUGUUUUGCCGUCGCGAAAAAGUAGCAAACCCGCCGAGAGCCGGGCCGGGCGAAGCAACCUCAGCAACAGCCAGCCAACGAUCAUCCGUUGUUUCCAAGGAUCCGGUUCCCGUGUCACAGGUUUGGCACUUUUGGACGUCCAACUUCCCACUGAUCGCAUCGUCUCUCUCCAUCUUUGUGAUUGGAGCACCAGUAGCUGCUGCCACUAAGGAUGACCGCAUCCUCGAUGGUUGCGUUCUCUGGUUCGUCUGGGUACUGACACUGCGACUCCAGCGGGCCUUCAGGGCCUCCCAACUUUGCACUGACAUGCCGAAGCUCAAGAACACGAUCGUCACGCUUAUGAAUCCUGUCCUGUUCACGACCCUCCUCAUGACGGCAUAUACCCGAGCCAAAGCGGGUGCAUAUGGCUACGGCAGUAUAGACAAAGUAUUGCGCGAUUUCAGCGGAGGGACGCCCCUCUAUGUUCUUUGGACCUCUGUAGCAACUGGAACACCCCUUUCGGAUGGACGAAGCCCAUGGUUUGGCGCCGGUGACGCUGCCCUCUCGAUCCUCGAAUGCGGAAUUCUGAUAUGGGGGUUCAAGCUAUACGAAUGCCAACGACAGCUCUUCAGUCUCGCUGGCUUCCUCACUAUCAUCCUGGCAACGGCAGCCGCAGCUGGAAACGUGUUCCUGUCGGUCCUGGGAGGGAAGCUAAUUGGUCUAAACGCACCCGCAGCGCUGGCAUUCGCUGCAAGAAGCACAACUUUGGCACUUGCCAAACCGGCCAUGGAAGCACUUGGUGGAAAUCUGGGUGUGAAUGCUGCCCUCGUGGUAAGCAACGGAAUCCUCGGUCAGCUUUGCUACCCGUUCGUUCUCGACAAACUAGGCGUCAGACGAGAAGAUCGUGUCUCCCAUUCAAGCGUCAACAUAUCCGACUCUGAUGGUAGAGCCUCACGUCUGAGCCUGAAGCCUCUGCUGAGAACAGCUCAAAAGGAUCUGCCAAGUGGCGAUGAUCCCUUUACAAUAUCAGCCGGGAUCACGGUUGGUAUCAACGGCGCGGCAAUGGGCGUGUCGUAUCUGUACGAGACUAGAAGUCGCGCAGCUCCGUACGCUGCUCUUGCUAUGACAGUCUCCGGUGUCAUGACGGUGGUCUUCACCACUGUCGAACCUUUCAAAGGCGCUGUGAUGGGUCUGGCCAGCUAA